AUGGAUUUUCGAAUGGACUUCGCCACGUUGGACAAGAAUUUGCAGGAGUGGAAGCCGAAGGUCGUCAUUUGCCCGUCCGCCUAUUCGCAACCAGUGCUCAAUCGGCCAGACUUAAAGAUCACAUAUGAGAACCUAUGGCCAAUCAAGUUCAACGAGACAGUCAAACUGUGGAAAAUGACAAGAGAUCAGACGAAAACCGUCACGGUGUCUGUGCAUCCGGAUGUCGUCAGAGAUCUACGAUUCAAACAGCAUCCGACGAAAAAGUUGGCAAUCGCUUCAGUUGCCUGCAACCUCUCCGCCUACAACGACGACUUCAAAUUGGUCCCAUCCAACUACCCGGUCAUCAAACAGAAAUACGGAAAAGUCACCCUUGUCAAACUGCUCCGCGAGCUUCGAAAACGAAACCUGGACCCACACGAAGAGACGACGGAAAACCAAAAAACUACAGUACUCAAUAUUCCGAUUCUUCAAGCCAAAAUAACAAUGAGCAAUGGCGGAAAACGUAUGAAAAUUCAGUCGAACGAUCCGACGGCCAGAUGGGAGCUACAGGAGAUGUUCAAUGAUUUUCUGAUGGAAGACGAUGGAAUCGUCGGAAGGCCAACCAGAGAUGUUAGAGAUGUUGAUGCGAAGGAAGCUGAUAAAUGA